AUGAAGGGGAAGACAGUGAUAGUUUUGGGCUUGCUAAUAAACAUGAUGUUGGUUGCAAGUGAAAGUGAAGUGAAUGGCAUAACUUGUGGAAAGGCUGUAGUUUAUUUGUUGCCAUGUGAGACAUUCUUGCUGGGUUUGGGUCCACCAGCACCCUCUCUUAAUUGUUGUACAAGCAUAGCAGUCAUAUUCAGACAGACCAAAACAGUGAAGCUUCGUAGAUACAUAUGUAAUUGUCUGAAGAAAUCUGCAAUUCACGCCGGCGUUAAGCACGAGAGAGUCGCAUUACUUCCUAAAUAUUGUAAGACUCAUUUUUCGUUCCUCAUUGAUCCCUUCAUGGAUUGUGAUUCGGUUCAGUGA